AUGCAGGUCCUUCGACAGAGCCAUGACGUCAGGCAGGUUGGGCACUUUGGAUUCUUGAAAACCUUGCACCUGGCUACGAGGCAGUUUUGGUGGCCAGGGAUGAAAAAGGACAUUGAGAGAAUAACUUUCCUCUCCUACAAAGAAUAUCUCAGCAUCCUCCUCAUCUCCAUGGCCUUACUGUUGUUUCUAACCACAGGCCUUGUUUUAAUCAUAUUCCUUAAAUACCUAGAAACUCCCAUAGUCAAAGCCAACAACCGGGACCUCUCCUUCAUCCUCCUGGUCUCCCUCCUCCUUUGUUUUUUGUCCUCUUUUCUCUUCAUUGGCCAACCAAGGAAAGCUACCUGUCUUCUCCGACAAACAAUGUUCAGCAUUGUCUUCUCAAUAGCUGUGUCUUCUGUGUUGGCUAAAACUAUCAUGGUGGUGCUGGCUUUCCUGGCCUCAAAACCAGGAAACAGGGUGAGAAGAUGGUUGGGGAAAAGCUUGGCCAACUCCAUCAUCCUUUCUGGUUCUGGUGUCCAAAUUCUCAUCUGUGCCAUGUGGUUGGGAGUUUCUCCACCAUUUCCUGACUCUGAUCUGCACUCCCAGCCUGGAGUGAUCAUCCUGCAAUGCAACGAAGGCUCUGUCAUCAUGUUUUAUGUUGUCCUUGGCUACAUGGGCUUCCUGGCUGCCAUCUGCUUCACUGUGGCUUUUCUGGCCAGAAACCUGCCUGGGGCCUUCAAUGAAACCAAGCUGAUCACCUUCAGCAUGCUGGUCUUCUGCAGUGUCUGGGUCUCCUUCCUGCCCACCUACCUGAGCACUAAAGGAAAAUCCAUGGUUGCCGUGCAGAUCUUCUCCAUCUUGGCCUCCAGUGCUGGACUAUUAGGCUGCAUCUUUGUCCCCAAGUGCUACAUUAUCAUCCUGAGACCAGAUCUAAACACGAAGGAACAUCUAAUGACAAAAGCAGUGAAAUGA